AGUUGCGAGACCUGUCGCAGGCGCAAGGUGAAAUGCUCUGGGAACCGGCCUUGUCAGAACUGCAGUCGACAGGGCCUGGACUGCCGCUUUGGCAACACGGGCCGACGAGGCUACUCAGAAGCUUAUGUACAAGGUCUUCUCGCCAAAAUUAAGCAGCAGGAGGAAAAACUUCACGAUAUCGUGCCACUUAAUGAUACGCAUGAUACCAACCAUUCAAGCACCCACGAUAAAUCCGUUGAACACGACAUUGUAGAUGCGCCGAGUGCAUCGCAGUCUGGUCAUGAUGAACAACCUUUCAGCCCUCUCACAGAUUUGGCAUCUGGCCCUGCUUUUGAAUCACGAGUGCGGUCCAUUUUGCUCGACCACACCACCAAUACCCGCGACUCUGGCGUAUCACCCGGAAGCUUGACCUUUAUCUCGGCCGGCUUCCAUGAUACAUCACCCAACGGGUGGCGCAACUCAUUGGAGUUGGUCAAGGGUGUCUCUGCGCCUCCUCUUCUCUCAAAACAAGAAUCAUAUCGUCUUUUUGAUGUCUUCAUCUCCCUCAUGGGGAUUAACCAGCAUUUCAUAGAUCCGCGGAACUUCUCAGACUCAAUGAUUCUCCUGUAUCAAAGCGACGCGACACGAGAACGCCAAAAGCAAACCAUAUGGUUUACCGAAUACCUACUUGUCAUGUCAAUGGGAAUGCUCAUCGGCUCUCCUAGCAAUGGAUCAGGCAACCCCCCCGGUAACGCUUACUUUGCAGAAGCCCUAAGGCGUCUUCCGCCAUUACACCAACUAGGGUCUCAGGGCAUCAUCGCUGUUGAGAUUUUGUGCCUUGCAUCACUAUACCUUCAAUGGUGUGACCGGAAGCAUGACGCAUAUGUCUACAUUGGCACUGCGGUACGGCUAGCCAUAGGUUUAGGCUGCUCCAUCCCAUACGAUGAGCAACAAGGACUCCCCUCCGAAAUAUGUCAUCGCUCAAGAGUGUGGUGGACAGCCUAUAUGUUAGAUCGUCGCCUUUCUGCUGCCCUGGGCCUUCCAACAGGAGCAGAUGAUCGUCAACUGCCAUUUUACGGAAACAAUGCAGUCUCGCAGACUGAACUUGUGCAAAAGAUACAAAGUACUCUGCAGGCUCUCUACGAAGCAGGACGAUCCAUCCCUUCCAACUUCUCGAUACACUUUUCUGAUUCGAAACUCACGGUAACGAGGACAGGCGCGUCUCUGUAUCUUAUGCUGUUCCAGGAUAAAGUAGUUGCCUCGAAAGUCAAUCGGUCUCUUGAACCUCCAUCACCCGUCAUAGCUAGACUAUGCGACUCAUGCCAAGAGGCAGCAAUCAAAAGUAUUCGAAUCCUCUCGUCUCUUCGAAGUGAAGAAAGCAUCGCGCUGUUUGGCUUUUUCGACUUGGACGCCACUUUCUCAGCUGCCUUCGUCUUGAUCAUGAUGGGCUUUGUCAAAACAAACAAUCCUCAGAAGCCUCCAGAUGGACUCAAGCAAGCCGUGGAUGUUCUCGAGUACUUGUCUGCAGCGGGGAACAAGGCAGCUGAGCAGCGACUGGGUGACUUGAAGCAGUUCUGUUACCAUGUUUGGUCACCUGAUAACUUAUCAGAGGACUGGAAGUGGCUUGGAGUGCGGCAAAUGGCGGUCCAGGACGAUCUAUCUGCUGGUGCCGUGAUAUCUACGAUGGAAGCAUCUGGCGAACUUGACCUUGUCAAUCAUGCUCCGAGACAGGCAGAAAUGGCGCCACUUUACUCCUCUGAUUGGCCUGAGAAAUGGGGUGUGUGUUACGACGGAAUGACUCUGAUGCCCUCCACAGAUGUUGGCCAGGGAUCCGCGAUGCUCGAUUUCGACUUUGAAGAGACUUUUGGGAUGGAUAUGAGCCACGGAGCGGAGGAUAUUUACUCGAGCUUCAAUGAUCCGGAUCUCCCACUAACCGGCGUGGAUGAGGUAGAUUGGGCGGAGAUUGGCAAGGUGUUUCACUAUAAGGACGACUAG